AUGGCCCUGGCGCGCCCCGCGCCGGAGCGCACCCGGAUCUCCGAGGUGGAAAUGGAGCGUUAUUACUGCCUGCUGCAAGCCGCCGCCCGCCUCCACUCCAGCGUCGCCGAAACCACAGUUCCCAUUUGUGCAAAGGACAUCAGUGACGAUUUGAGGAAAAAGUUUGCGUUUCUUUCUGGUGGCCGAGGGAAAGACAACGGUUGGAUCAUCACGUUUCCUGAAAACUCCCAUUUCCAUGAAGCAUCAGAGGAGGUUCUAACGAAAGUCUUAACAUACUUAACUUCGGUCCCAAGUCAACAUGAAUCUGACACAAAAUUUAUCCUAAUCCUGGAUAGAAGAUUGGAUACAUGGACGUCUGUCAAAAUGACUCUCCAAAGGAUAGCAAACUCCUUCCCAGGGAACCUGCAGUUAGUGAUGGUUCUACGUCCCACUGGGUUUUUCCAGCGCACUUUCACCGACAUUGGAUUUCGCUUCAGUCAGGAGGAUUUUCUACUCAAAUUACCGGUGGUGAUGCUGAGCUCGGUCAGUGAUUUGUUGAUGUAUAUUGAUGAGAAGCAGUUAACCCCGGAGUUCGGGGGCACCUUGGAGUACCGUCAUAGCGAAUGGGUUAUCUUCAGAACUGCUAUUGAGAGUUUUGCACUAACAGUGAAGGAAAUUGCACAGAUGUUACAAUCUUUCGGCACAGAGCUGGCAGAAACAGAGCUACCAGAUGACAUGUAUUCAAUUGAGCGCAUCCUGGCUUUGCGCACAGAAAAGUAUUGUCAGCUCAAGGGAGAUAUUACAAUAGUAACAAAAGAAGGAAACGUGCUGUUAAGUAGUUUAGAAGAGCCCGAUGCCAACGAACGUAGUCAGAAACAACACCACGAAAGACCUGGAGACUGGGAAACUGUGAAUCGGUUACUCGCUCAGUUGCAUGAGAUGGAAACUGCUUUUGAUGGCUUCUGGGAAAAACAUCAACUAAAAAUGGAGCAGUAUUUACAACUGUGGAAGUUUGAGCAAAGUUUUCAAGAGCUCCAGAGUGUCAUUGAAUUUUUAAUGGGCCAGCAAGCAGAACUGCCUGACACUGGAGAUAGUGUGGCUGAAGUGAAACAAAGGCUCAAAGACUUGGGUAAUUUAGACGGAAUGGCUCAGGACCUGGUAGGGAAAGCACAGGUGGUGAUAUUACAUGGGCACCAGCUAGCAGCAAAUCAUCAUUAUGCGCUCAGCUUAAUCUGUCAGCAGUGCAAUGAGCUGCGGCACCAUUCUGACGUCCUGUCGGAGGAGAUCAAGAGGAAGCACGUACGACUCCGGAUGACCUUAGAUCUGCACACCCGCCUGCAGCAGGCCCUCGAGUGCUGUGAUGAAGGGGCUAAUCUUCUAGCUAAUCAGCCAAUGGAUAAAUGCCAAUCUAAAGAAGGUGCUCAGAAAGCUCUUCAGGAUAUAGACAAAUUUCUUGAAAGUUCUUUGCCGUACUUAAGCUAUGAUCCCCAAGUCCUGUGCUAUGACUUUGAAUCUGUCUUAACGCCUGAAAUAAAGGGCCAGAUACAGUCAGUCCAGAUCAAGCUUGAAAACGUUCGAAGUAUGUUUGAGAAUCGGCAAACUUGCUUCAAAAAGCUUGUGGAUAAACAAGUGCGGCCUGUUCAGUUAGUAGCCCCUCGACCAGAAAACCCACCAAGGUCGAAAUCUCCUUUAUUCUCUCCCAAACACGGCAUGGAUUUUAAUUCCAGUUUAAAGUUUUCAUUUGACAUCUCUCUCCCUGGGAAGAAAACGUCAAGAAAAUCUCACAGUGCUCGUAAGAUUGAAGUAAUGCAUGACUAUCAAGAAAAAAGGAAUUCCUUGCAGUCUUUUAUUUCAGAAAGUGAAGACAACUUAGAUAUACUAAAAGGCCAUGUCAUAAAUGAGCUAAUAGAAACAGAGAGAGUGUACGUAGAGGAACUGUUCACUGUUUUGAUGGGCUACAGGGCUGAAAUGGAUAAUCCAGCGAUGGUCAUUCUCAUGCCGCCUGCCCUGAGAAACAGAGAGGAUGUUCUCUUUGGGAAUAUGCCAGAGAUAUAUGACUUCCAUAACAAAAUUUUCCUACACAAUCUGGAAAGCUGUGUUGGAGCACCAGAGCGAGUGGGGCUUUGUUUCCUGGAAAGGCGAGAAGAUUUUCAGAUGUAUGAGAAAUAUUGUCAGAACAAACCUCGGUCAGAAUCUCUGUGGAGGCAGUGUUCAGAAAGCACCUUCUUUCAGGAAUGCCAAAGAAAAUUAGAACACAGACUUGGGCUGGAUUCCUAUUUGCUCAAACCAGUACAACGUUUGACAAAAUACCAGUUGCUUUUGAAGGAGUUGCUAAAAUACAGCACAAGCUGUGAUGGAGUUAAAGAGUUGCAAGACGCUCUGGUUGCAAUGUUGGAUUUACUAAAAUCAGUCAAUGACUCUAUGCAUCAAAUUUCAAUAACAGGAUAUGAUGGGGACUUGAGUGAACUUGGAAAAGUAUUGAUGCAAGGAUCGUUCAGUGUUUGGGCAGGACACCGGAAAGGCCCUACAAAAAUGAAGGAUCUUGCCAGGUUCAAACCAAUGCAGAGGCACCUCUUCCUGUAUGACAAAGCCCUGGUGUUUUGUAAGAAGAGAGAGGAGCAUGGAGAUGGAUAUGAUAAAACCUCUUCAUACAGUUUUAAGCAUUUUUUGAAAAUGAAUGCAGUUGGAAUCACUGAAAAUGUGAAGGGGGAUCAUCGAAAAUUUGAGAUCUGGUACAGCGGACGAGAAGAGGUGUACGUUGUUCAGGCCCCAACAGUAGAUGUGAAGAUGGCGUGGUUAAGUGAAAUGAGAAAAAUUUUGUUCAAGCAGCAGGAGCUUAUAAAAGUUGAGAAGAAACCAUCCGGUGUGUUUACAGACCAGAUCCAACUUUCCCCGCAGCUGAGUGAUGGAAAGCAGCAUAGAGCCUCCAUAAGCUCAGAAGAAAAUGAUUCUGAACGCACCAGUCCUGUAAUGUUGGAUAGUAUCAGUUCAUCCCCACAGAACAAGCCAAACCAAAGUUGGUCUAGAAUGUCACAAUCUGUGGAAAUCUGUGAAGGGCUUGAGGACUGGUCCAGCAAUUACCUUUCUAAUUGCUCAGACACAGAAGAAGAAGAUGGGAGCCAGUUGGUUAGUGAUGCCUAUAAAAAUGGUUUAUUUCAAAGGCACUAA